GAUCAUAUCUCGAAAUAUACUCGAAUCAGAUCUGCGGAUGCGAACGUUAGUGUGCGGUAUUUGUUUGCUCGAGUACUACUAAAGCCGUAGGAAAAAAUGACUCAGGAAGGACAAUUACCUCCUCCACCUGUUAUGUGGGCCCAAAGGAGGGAUAUUCUCUUCAUUACUAUAUGCUUAGAGGAUUGCAAAGAUCCCGUUUUAAAGAUCGAGCCAGAAAUGUUACAUUUCAAAGGUGUGGGUGGGACAGAAAAUAAGAUGCACGAGGUUACAAUAAAUUUAUACAAAGAGAUCAAUCCUGACAAAACAUUAAAGAAUUUAGGGGGUAGAACUAUAGAAUUAGUACUCGUAAAAAAAGAAGAAGGCCCAUACUGGCCAAGAUUAACCAAGGAAAAAACAAAGGCUCAUUGGUUGAAAAGUGAUUUCAACAAGUGGAAGGACGAAGAUGAUAGCGACGAGGAGGGAGACUUCGAGGGUGGAAACCAUGACUUGGAAGAAAUGAUGCGACACAUGGGUGGCUUAGGAGGAUCGGGCGAUAGCAAGCCUAAUUUCGAUGAUCUUGGAGACGAGAUGGAUGAAAUUGAUAGUGAUGAUGAAGAAAUACCUGAUUUGGAAUGAAGAACUUUUUAAUAAUACAUCAAAUUAAUCCUCUCAAAAGAAAUGACCUAUGGAUAGUGCACCGUCGAAAGAUACUUCAGUAGGCCAUGUGCUGUUUGUAUUUUCGAUUACAAAUAAUUUUUACAAAUUUGUUGAUGGCCGGAUGUAGUAGCAAACAACCAAGUUGUGCGGUGUGCUAAACAAAUUUCAAUGGUAAUUGCAGAAGUUGUCUCAUAUGAACAGUUAAAACACAGUUUCAAAGGAUUCUUAAUCCCUUUUUAGUCUGUAGUUCAUACAAUAAGUUAAUGGACAAGCUUUUUUAACGAAUUGUGUAAAAUAUCAAGAAGGUAAAAUAAUGAUAACUACUUAAAUUGUCUGGAGAAUUGUUUAUUUCCGUACAGCCCACAUUAAUAAAUCAACGCUAAAUAAUUAUUAAAAAGUAAAUAAAUAAAUGAUAAAUAAU